GCCGAUCACUUUGACGCGGUAGUCGGAUGCGUGUAUCUGUAGCGAUGGUGCUCGUCUGGUUGACGCUGAAGCCGGCGAUUUGGCCGAUGAGAUCUUGCGCUGCGAAUGCAAAGCCUCAAGACUGAAGAUGAGCCUGAGGCUUGGUUUGGAGUGCGAAGACCGGCGUGGUCUGGCUCUGAGCGUGCUGUACGCCUUGCGACGCAGCCAGGCCUGCAGUCGCUGCUGUGUUGUUGCCCCCCUUGAUAUUGGCAGAGUAGGGCAGCGCGAUGGGGCCAACGACUGUCGGCAAAGCUUUGUGCUUCUGUUACUCUGCACGACUAUCCAUCUCUCGAUGAGCUGCGGACAUUGUAGCCCGAGACGCUUGAUAUGGCGAGUCCUCAGACGGCUGUCCAGUGAGAGCGAUGAGCUGACAUUGUGGCAUUCAGCGCCGAGGCAGAUUGCGAUGAGGCCUCUGCGAAUUGAGGCGGGCUGGCAGAAGAAGACGAUGGUAGAUCUAUAUGCUAGCCACUUAGGUCGAGCUCAUAGGCUGUAUGCGCGCCGAGUAGAUGGCGACGAUGGCGCAGAGGGAGCUUCGUAGUACGAGGAUAAGGCACAGCCCAGCAAGACGCCAACGAGUAGGUGCAAGGCUGCCGAUCGUUAUAUGUGGCGAGCAAA